UGCGCGGAUCAUGGCGGCGCUGGCCGGUGUCCGCUGGCUGACCCGAGCGCUGGUCGCCGCCCCGAACCCUGGAGUAUGGAGGGGUCUGGGCACCUCCGCCGCGGUGCGCGCCACCUCGCGGAACCAGACCGAGGACGUGAGGGUGGAAGGAGCCUUUCCCGUGACGAUGCUGCCGGGAGACGGCGUGGGACCCGAGCUGAUGCACGCUGUCAAGGAGGUGUUCAAGGCAGCUGCUGUCCCGGUGGAGUUCCAGGAGCACCACCUCAGUGAGGUGCAGAAUAUGGCAUCAGAGGAGAAACUGGAGCAGGUGCUCAGCUCCAUGAAGGAGAACAAGGUGGCCAUCAUUGGAAAGAUCCAUACCCCAAUGGAGUAUAAGGGGGAACUUGCCUCCUACGACAUGAGGCUGAGGCGUAAGCUGGAUUUGUUUGCCAAUGUGGUCCAUGUCAAGUCACUUCCUGGCUAUAAGACCCGACACAACAAUCUAGACCUGGUGAUCAUUCGAGAGCAGAAAGAAGGGGAAUACAGCUCUCUGGAACAUGAGAGUGCGAAGGGUGUGAUUGAGUGCCUCAAGAUCGUCACUCGUACCAAGUCUCAGCGGAUUGCAAAGUUUGCCUUUGACUAUGCCACCAAGAAGGGUCGGGGCAAGGUCACAGCAGUGCACAAGGCCAAUAUCAUGAAACUUGGGGAUGGGCUAUUCCUGCAGUGCUGUAGGGAAGUGGCUGAACUGUACCCCAAAAUAAAAUUUGAGACUAUGAUCAUAGACAACUGCUGCAUGCAGCUGGUGCAGAAUCCUUACCAGUUUGAUGUGCUUGUGAUGCCCAAUCUCUAUGGAAACAUUAUUGACAAUCUAGCGGCUGGCCUGGUUGGGGGAGCUGGUGUGGUUCCCGGGGAGAGCUAUAGUGCAGAGUAUGCGGUCUUUGAGACGGGCGCCAGGCACCCAUUCGCCCAGGCAGUGGGCAGGAAUAUAGCCAAUCCCACAGCCAUGCUUCUGUCGGCUUCUAACAUGCUGCGACAUCUCAAUCUCGAGUAUCACUCCACCAUAAUUGCAGAUGCUGUGAAGAAGGUGAUCAAAGUGGGCAAGGUUCGGACUCGAGACAUGGGCGGCUACAGCACCACAUCUGACUUCAUCAAGUCUGUCAUCGGCCACCUGCACCCCCAUGGGGGCUAGAACCCUUUAUUCCUCCCAACCUCACAAGGACACUUCCACCUACACGCCCCUUCAGUACAUUGGACCAGAACUUUAUAGACAGCGGACCAUAAACCACCCUUCUGGGCAGACUAGGUUGUCCAGAGUCUUACCUCCCUAAGUAAGGAUGGUGGGAGGUGGGAUUGUCAGGGAUGGACCAAGCCCCAGACAUGACUACAGUUCUCCCCACAGGUUCGAACCUCUGACAUGGGUGGUUAUGCCACCUGCCACGACUUCACUGAGGCUGUCAUUGCUGCCUUGCCCCACCCAUAGGUCCUGCCUGCACCCAUGUAAGCUGGUUAAUAAA